AUGAGCGAGAUUACACACCCUACUAUUGUUGAUGGAUGGUUCAGAGAGAUCUCUGACACCAUGUGGCCUGGUCAAGCCAUGACUUUGAAAGUCGAGAAGGUCUUGCACCAUGAGAAGUCCAAGUACCAGGACGUCUUGAUCUUCAAGUCCACCAACUACGGUAACGUUCUUGUUUUGGACAAUGUUAUCCAGGCCACUGAGCGUGACGAGUUCUCCUACCAGGAGAUGAUCACCCAUUUGGCCAUGAACUCUCACCCAAACCCAAAGAAGGUUCUUGUCAUUGGUGGUGGUGAUGGUGGUGUUCUUAGAGAAGUUGUCAAGCAUGAGUGUGUUGAAGAAGCUUGGCUGUGUGACAUUGACGAAGCUGUUAUCAGAUUGUCCAAGGAAUACUUGCCAGACAUGGCCGGUGUUUACUCUCAUCCAAAGGUCAAGACCCACAUCGGUGAUGGUUUCCAAUUCUUGAGAGACUAUCAAAACACAUUCGAUGUUAUCAUCACUGACUCCAGUGAUCCAGAAGGUCCAGCUGAGACUUUGUUUCAACAAUCUUACUUCGAGUUGUUGAGAAGUGCUUUGACAGACAAGGGUGUUAUUACCACUCAAGCCGAAAGUAUGUGGUUGCACUUGCCAAUCAUCAAGGACUUGAAGAAGGCCUGCUCCCAAGUGUUCCCAGUUGCUGAGUACGCUUACACCACCAUCCCAACUUACCCAUCUGGUACCAUCGGUUUCAUGGUCUGCUCUAAGGACGCCUCCGCUAACGUCAAGAAACCACUGCGUGAAAUGACUGAAGAACAAGAGAAGAAGUUGCUAAGAUACUACAACAAGAGAAUCCACGAGUCCUCUUUCGUUCUACCAACCUGGGUUGCCAAGGAAUUGGAACUUUAA